AUGCUGAAAUUUCAAGAAACUGCUAAGCAUGUCACUGUUGCCAGAUUUAAUUCUGCUUGCUCAGAUGCUGUGAUUGCAAGAAGAUACACUAUUCAGAGGAAACUUGGCAAUGGAAGCUUUGGAAGUGUGUAUUUGGUUAAUGACAGAAAAGCAAAACAAGGAGAAGAAUUAAAGGUCCUAAAGGAAAUCUCUGUAGGAAACCUAAAGCCUAAUGAAACAGUUGAAGCAAAUCUGGAAGCACAACUACUCUCCAAAUUAGACCAUCCAGCCAUUGUCAAAUUUUAUGCAAGCUUUGUGGAGCGAGAUAGUUUCUGCAUUAUCACUGAGUAUUGUGAGGGUGGAGAUCUAGACUUUAAAAUUCAAGAGUACAAAGAUUCUGGGAAGAUGUUCACUCAAAGUCAAGUAAUAGACUGGUUUAUACAGUUGUUACUUGGAGUCAACUAUAUGCAUGAAAGACGGAUACUUCACAGGGAUUUGAAAGCCAAGAAUAUAUUUUUGAAAGAUAAUCUUCUUAAAAUUGGAGACUUUGGGGUUUCUUGUCUUUUGAUGGGUUCAUGUGAUCUUGCAACUACUUUUACUGGGACACCAUACUACAUGAGUCCAGAAGUACUGAAGCACCAGGGAUAUAAUACAAAAUCUGACAUUUGGUCUCUGGGAUGCAUUUUGUACGAGAUGUGCUGUAUGAGCCAUGCAUUUACCGGACAGAAUUUUUUGUCUGUUGUGUUAAAAAUUGUGGAAGGUGAAACACCUUCUCUUCCUGAUAAAUAUCCAAGCAAACUGAAUGCUGUGCUAUGCAGCAUGUUAAAUAAGAAUCCUUCAUUGAGACCAGCAGCAGCAGAGAUCCUAAAAUCCCCUUAUAUUGAUGAACAACUGCAGAAAAUACAGUACAAGUUCACAAACAUGACUGUGAAAGACAAGGCACUUAACUGUCAGAAAGAAACUGCUCCCUUUUUUGGUGCUGUGCAGAAGAAAGUUCAUUUGCAAACUCUGCAGGAACUUUCUGAUGUUCAGAAAAUGACACCGCGGGAGCGAAUGCGGCUGAGGAAGUUAAAUGCUGCAGAUGAGAAGGCAAAGAAGUUGAAGCAGCUGGCAGAAGAAAAAUAUCAAGAAAAUAUCAAAAGAAUGCAAGAAUUCAGGUCCCGUAAUUUUCAGCAGCUGAAUGUCAAUGUCCUACAUGAAUCUGAUGAGCAGACUUCAAAAUGCCUCAUUCAUUCUCAGCCAGCCACUAUGGGCAGCUAUGUGUCCACAGGACAGGAUGAACCAAGAGGGAAUGAGACAAGUGAACUUGGCAUGUCUGAACUUACAGAUCAUGAGAUCCCUGAAGACCCAGAAAUUGCAGAAGAAUAUUAUAAAGAUGAGUUUGAAUCCUGUUCAGAAGACAGUGAAGAGGAGGAAGAUGCAGAAUUGUCAUGGACAGCCUCUAAGACAAAUCAUCAGGACAGUGAUAUGGAGGCAAUGGUUGAGUAUUUGGAGAGUGUCCUGAAUAGCAGCUCAUUGGGCUCGAGGACUGUCACCAGAGUGUCUCCAGGGGUGCCCCAGGGACUCAGAGCUCUCAACAGCACAAUGGCUGAGACCAAGCUGAAACGCAUGAGGGAAUCUGCCAUUGGGAAGCUGGGAGUGGAGGCAUUUGAGGCAGUGUACAGCUGCCUCAAGCAAGCAAGACAGCAGAAUGCCAGUGAGGAGGAGAUCAGGAGCUCUUUGGAGAAACUGGUUUCUAGAGCAAGUGAUUGCUUUGAAGUGGAUCAGCUGCUGUACUUCGAGGAACAGCUGCAGGCUUCAGAGCCACAUCUCCAGCUGUGA